CCCACGACUCUCCGCCACCUCCCUUACUCUGCCACUACAACCUGCUUGCAUUGUCGCUUGCAUAUCGGAUGCUGUGGAACUGGACCUGAGAUCCAAGAUCUCCCUCACCUCCAACAGCCGAUGAGAAGCAAGGAUGCUGCGCACCCAACUCCGCCUAUGCAGUAGACGACUGGGCUCUGGCAGACCGACUGCCAGAAGCUUCUCCGACCUCGCCCAGCAUGCCCCCCGAACCGCACUCAUAGCCAAGAGGAGGGAGCUGGGCCUCACACAUUACAAUGCCUUCACCUCGCAGUACCGCCGCUAUGCUAUCGCUGCCGAAGACACCGACAAGGGUGUCGACCCCUCCGACUCCUUCCUCCAGGGCAAUACGGCCAACUACAUCGAUGAGAUGUACAUGGAAUGGAAGCGCGACCCGUCGAGCGUGCACAUCUCAUGGCAGUACUACUUCAAGAACAUGGAGAGCGGCGACAUGCCCACCAGCCAAGCCUUCCAAGCGCCACCGACCAUCGUCCCAUCCUCCACUGCAGCGACGGGCGCGGCGUCUACCUCUGCUGUGAUGGCCAUGAGCCAGGCGGAAGGCAACAGCAAUGUCAUGAAUCAUUUGAAGGUACAGCUGCUCGUGCGCGCGUACCAGGCCCGAGGGCACCACAAGGCGGCCACCGACCCGCUUAGCAUCCGGAACCAGGCCAAGGGCGUGGGAUAUGACAGUCCCCGAGAGCUUGACCUCAAGAACUACAACUUCACCGAGGCGGACAUGGAUCAGGAAUUCACCCUCGGCCCUGGCAUCCUUCCACGUUUCCAUACGGAGAACCGCACGUCCAUGACCCUCCGCGAGAUUAUCGAAGUGUGUGAGCGGCUCUACUGCGGCCCCUACGGCGUGGAGUACAUUCACAUUCCCGACAGAGACCAGUGUGAGUGGCUGCGCUCGCGUUUGGAAAUCCCAGAUCCGUACCGGUACUCGGUGGACGACAAACGGAGAAUUCUCGAUCGCCUCAUCUGGUCUUCUUCCUUCGAGGCCUUCCUGGCCACCAAGUACCCCAACGAUAAGCGCUUCGGUCUGGAGGGCGGCGAGUCUCUGAUCCCCGGAAUGAAAGCUCUCAUCGACCGCUCUGUGGAUUAUGGUGUCAAGGACAUCGUAAUUGGCAUGCCGCAUCGUGGUCGCCUGAACGUGCUGUCUAACGUUGUUCGCAAGCCCAACGAGUCCAUCUUCUCGGAAUUCGGCGGCUCUGCUGAGCCAUCGGACGAAGGCUCCGGAGACGUCAAGUACCAUCUCGGAAUGAACUUUGAGCGCCCUACUCCAUCAGGCAAGCGGGUGCAGCUUUCCCUGGUCGCAAAUCCGUCGCAUUUGGAAGCCGAGGAUCCGGUGGUACUGGGAAAGGCUCGCGCCAUCCUUCAUUAUAACAAUGACGAGCAGACCGCCAAUACCGCCAUGGGCCUAUUGCUACACGGUGAUGCAGCAUUCGCCGGCCAAGGUGUCGUGUAUGAGACUAUGGGCAUGGCUGCACUCCCCGCGUACCAGACCGGAGGUACGAUUCACAUCAUUGUCAACAACCAAAUCGGCUUCACCACGGAUCCGCGUUUCGCACGCUCUACCCCAUACUGUUCCGACAUUGCCAAGUUCGUGGAUGCGCCGGUCUUCCACGUCAACGGAGACGAUGUGGAGGCGGUUAACUUUGUCUGCACACUGGCUGCUGAUUGGCGCGCCGAAUGGAAGACGGACGUUGUCAUUGAUCUCGUCUGCUACCGCAAGCAAGGCCACAACGAGACCGAUCAGCCAUCAUUCACCCAGCCUCUCAUGUACAAGCGUAUUAGCGAGCAGCCACCCGUGCUCGACAAGUAUGUCAACAGCCUCCUGGAGGCCAAGACGUUCACCAAGGAAGACAUCGACGAGCACAAGAAAUGGGUGUGGGGAAUGCUGGAGGAGUCGUUUGAGAAAGCCAAGCACUACCAACCCACUUCCAAAGAAUGGCUGACGAGCGCAUGGGAUGGAUUCAAGUCGCCAAAAGAGCUUGCCACCGAGGUGCUCCCGCAUCUUCCUACUGCUGUCGAUGCCGAUACACUGAAGUCUAUCGCCAACGUUAUCAGCCAAGGACCGAAUGACAAGUUCAACGUCCAUCGCAAUUUGAAGCGUAUCCUGGCGAAUCGCGCAAAGACUGUCAACGACGGCAAGAACAUCGACAUGUCCACCGCUGAGGCUCUCGCAUUCGGUACGCUGUGUAUGGAAGGCCAUCAUGUGCGUGUCUCUGGGCAGGAUGUGGAGCGUGGAACGUUCUCCCAACGUCACGCCGUGCUCCAUGACCAGGAGUCCGAAGAGACCUACACUCCGCUGCAGCACGUCAGCAAGGACCAGGGGUCGUUUGUCAUUACUAACUCCAGCUUGAGCGAGUACGGCGUGCUCGGAUUCGAAUAUGGUUACUCGUUGUCUUCCCCCAACGCACUCGUGAUGUGGGAGGCUCAGUUUGGUGACUUUGCAAACAAUGCUCAAUGCGUCAUCGAUCAAUUCGUGGCCUCGGGAGAGGUCAAGUGGCUGCAGCGAUCUGGUCUCAUCAUGAACCUGCCCCAUGGAUACGACGGGCAAGGCCCAGAGCACAGCUCCGGCCGCAUGGAGCGCUUCCUGCAGCUGUGCAACGAGGAUCCUCGCAUCUUCCCCUCCCCCGAAGCAUUGGACCGCCAGCAUCAAGACUGCAACAUGCAAGUCGCCGUCAUGACGACCCCGUCCAACGUCUUCCACAUCCUGCGCCGCCAGAUGAACCGUCAAUUCCGCAAGCCGCUCAUCUCCUUCUUCUCCAAGAGCUUGCUCCGUCACCCGCUGGCGCGCAGCCCGAUUGAAGACUUCACGGGCGACAGCCACUUCCAGUGGAUCAUCCCAGAUCCCAUGCACUCCGAGCAGUCCGAGUUCCAGAUCGCGCCGCACGAAGAAAUCGAGCGCGUCAUCCUCUGCUCCGGACAAGUCUUCGCCGCGCUGUUCAAGUACCGCCAGCAGCACGACCUGCGCAAGACGGCCAUCACGCGCAUCGAACAACUCAACCCCUUCCCGUGGGCCCAGCUGAGGGACAACCUCGACUCCUACCCCAACGCGAAGACAGUCGUGUACUGCCAGGAAGAACCACUGAAUGCCGGCGCGUGGUCCUUUGUGCAGCCUCGCAUCGAGACGCUCCUGAACAACACGAAGCAUCACGAUCGCAAGCACGUCAUGUACGCCGGGCGCAAUCCGAGCGCCAGUGUGGCUACCGGGUUGAAGAGCACGCACAUGAAGGAGGAGCAGGAGUUUUUGGAGAUGGCGUGGAGCGUGACGCAGGACAAGUUGAAGGGACAGUAGAGGGUUGGAAGAGGCGGGGGUGAAGUGGUGACCUAGCAAUGAUCGGACCUGUGGUGUGUAAAGUUGUGGAGGGCAGCAAAACCUAUGGAGUUAUUUUCUAUUAUCCUAUGCUACUACGAGCGUGUGCCUUCUCUGUCGUGCUCAGAGUAUUGAACAUUUAAUUGAAUGCCGAGAGUUUGACGUACGACGGAA